CCCACGAGGCCUCGUGCUUCCCUUUAGAUCGCUGCAUACCGGAGUGUGUCCGUUUGAAAACACAUUCUUGUAAUAUCUUAUUUUUCACAUUAUAGUAAUCUGUUUUUAGGUCACAUUUGUAAAUAGGGUCGCCCUUGAUGGUCCAAACAUGAAGUAAUUACAGUCAUUAGUCGUAGGUGAGUGUGAAUAGAGGAGCCCAUGGCUCAUUGGGGCGCCUCAUUAUGCAGGCGCAUUUUAAAGUCAGCAGCAGGGGGCAAAUUGGUGGUUAGGGGCAUGGACACAAAAGAGGGGCAGGGUCAGGAUUCAAAUUCUAAGUGGGAAGAUGUCCCAUUGUGGCUGGGCUUAUAUACGCGGCCCGAAAGUGCAUAUGAACAGUUUGCCCACAGACCAGUACAGAGCGUCCACUAUUUGGGCCAUCACCAUGUCUGCGCGCACUUGGAUUGUUUUCUUUCUCGUUACUGUCAUCACUAGUGACACCGGGGUGUACAGCCGCGUGCUGUCACGCAGAACUACAGUGGAAUAUGAUGAACGUGCGUCUUUACGCACGAACAUGUUGAAGCGAUGGAGACGCGGAAUCACAAAUGCGCACCGGGAGCGCUGUGCGGAGCUCACUGCGUCUUGGCUGGAAAACACCGAAGUGCCUCAGGGUGAUGUUAUGCCGAUGCCGCUGCGAGUGCGGCCCUUUGCCCCCGGAAUCUCCCACGGAUCAGUAUUCCCGGGAAAAUCCCUAUUCAGUUUUGUGCGCAGGGUUUAUCACUGCUGUCAACAAAAAGUCCAUUGCCGAAGCGUCAAAGGGAUUCAAGGGCGACUCAGAGGAGAGGCAGAUGUGGAGUUUCUCUUGUUGAAGGAGAUUUCUUCAUUGACUGUGACAAGGGCUGAGCUUCACCUGCAGCUCUCCAACCCACACCAUGCUCCUGUUCGGCCUGUGCUUCCAUCACUGGCAAAACGCAAUAUCCCAACAAGGUACGGUUCUUCAACUCAAGGAGACAUGACUGAGAUAAGAGUGGACCUACAAUUUAUCAUUAAAGCUUUACAGGAUGUAGCUGGAGGUACUGCUUCUCCUGGACUGAGCCUCGUGAACAUACGGAGUGAAGAAAGACCCCAUAAAGACAGUGAUGAUACAGCAAGGGAUCUAGAUUUGGGUUUAAUCUUGGACUGUGGUCUAUCCUGCAAGUUCAACAAUGUCCACAUUUUACAUGCCCCUUUCAUAGUCCUCUAUUACAAAUGAUUGGAAUACAACCAAUGGAAGCACAAAUGGGGAAAAAUACAUGCACUUUUUCACUUUUAUUAAUUUA